CUCUGAUCAAUCACCUUGGUUACUACACGGCGUGAUUUUUGUUAGAAGCCCAAUGUCAAAUGAAAACAUUGUAUUGUUUUGAACUAUAUCAAGCUAAAAGCAACAGAUCCAUAAAGAUAUGGUGUAAUGGACUCUAAAGAAGAUUUAGAUGAACUCACAGAAAGCUUUGCUAAAGAUUUGAGAGCUGCAACACCAAUAAACCCAAUUGACCCACUGCAGCCUAAUAUUACAUACAGAGAUCCCAGCAUAGGUGGCUAUCAUUCAAGAUGCAGUUCAGCCUUAAGUGACAUCCAUGGCUUUAGCUUUGACACAUAUUCUUCUGAGGCCUAUGAAAUAAAUGAUGUCCUUUUCAAAAGCCGAGAUUCCAAAAGAAGAACCACCACUCCGACCAAAGGGUUUCUGGCUGCCACCAGUUAUGGAAAGAAUCCAAUGAACGUUGACCAUCAUCAAAGCUUUGUGCGUAGAGCGAUUUCACAGCUUGGAACGCAACAAAGGCUACAGCCUUCCUCACAACAACGUAGACACGAAGAGGAAAAAAAUUCAAUCGAUAAAGUUAAGUCCAUGAAGCGUUUAGCACAGGUUGUUCCUCACAGAAUCGAUAUGCUUUACUACAUGUCCGGGCGGAGUGCUAAUAUGAGUCAGAGGUAUCAGCUAACUGACUUGGAGAAAGCCCGUAUACAAGAAGCUAGUUAUAGGAAAACAAGAAGUUCAGCAUUGUGUAAAAGACAUGCAAAUAGUAGUGCAUCAUCGCAGUUGUCAGGCAAUCGGCAUCUGCGGGCCGCUGGUGUCGAUUUUAGAACCAAUUUUUCUCGCCCUAACAGCCCUGUGAGAAAGAGACUUGGAGGGCCUGGUGACCAAAAUAAGACCCGCGAAGAUCGGGGUACCAACACCUCGAACGAGGAAACCCAAUUAGGGGAAAAGAAAGAAGCAUUAAAGACUAAACCUAUCGAUAGAAGUCGGAAACUGACAAUACGAAGUUCGUAUGACAUGCAGACAGUUGAUGAUCCUCUACGUUUGGAGUCCUUGGGCUUUGAUAUCAACGAAGACGACGCAAGCGCAAUGAGCAUUGUGAGCAAGCGACAGAGGCUGGCUUUCGAAGCAAUUUUCGAUGAUAUCGACUUUGACUCAAAUGGCAAAGUCACUUUUAACGAACUUGUAAGGGGACUUUUUGCGAAUAUUUCAAAAAAAGAUGCAAGGAGCUUGAUGCAGGUUUUUGAUGUUGACAAGAACAAGAUCAUUGAUCGCAGAGAAUUUGUAGCAAUUUGUGCAUUGAAUGAUCGUUUGUGUGGAAUCAGAACAGAGUCAAAGUAUGAUUGCUUGCGACUUGAUCUGCAUAAUCUUAUAAAGCACCUUCAGGCAUACAGGGCAUUGUUUGAGAUGUUGGAUCAAGAUAGCGAUGAAAAGAUUCACAUUGAUGAAGUCAUGCUGAUCAUGGCAACUGCAAUGGGAAGAGACGUUGGUACCAAUGAGACAAUUGCACGCACUGUGAUGAAAUCAUUAGACACAGACGACAAGGGGUUUAUUGAUUUCGUAAAUUUUCUGACAUUCAUCCCAUUUUUCCUGAAACUUCAUAACACCAUGAUGAACCAAGAGGAGCUCAAACUAGGGGAAAUCAGAGAAACCAAAGAGAAUAUAAGGGACCAACUGAGGCAUAAAACGAUAUCAAGUACAUAAUGCAAAUUAGCCAACCCUGAUAUCAAUUAAUCAUUUAAACUAUUCAAAAUAGAUAAUUCAUUAGCCUUAGCCAAUUUCUAAGUGGCAUACCAACAAGCAGGACAAUGAAAAGUAUGCCUUUGCCCUUAAUACAAAAUUUAUUUAAUAAUAUGUCGAAUGUUUGUAAAAUAUUUCUUUUUAUGUUCAAAUUUCAUUUUUGUUCAAAGAAUUUUGGCAGAAAUGCUAGAAAUCCCUAUAGUAUGAAUAUCACAAUUCAGUUUCACCAAAUUUGAUUUAAGUAUUACCUUAAAUUUGUAUUAUAUAUAGAAAUAUUAGAUACUUGAAAAUGUAA